AUGUUGCCAUGCCUGUGCGCCGACGGUUGCCGUCAGUGCUUCGCGAGGAUUGCGAGGCGCGACACACAACGCGGAACCCGAACUCCAUACGGCUGUGCCGCAAUCGAAUCCCGGCCUGACCCAUUUUUGUUGCGUGAAAUUGACGAAGUGUCCACAGUGCAAGUGCGAGUCCGACUGCGAGUGCUGUUCCGGGAUCACCAGCGAGUAUCCUUCGGCCUCACGAUUGACGCCUUCUACCGCUUUCUGCGCCAGGCGCUGCCGCUGGCCGAGGAGGCCGCGAUCCACCUGAAUGGCACCUUCGCCGGCGCACCCGGCGAUCUACUCAACUACAGCGGGCAGGAACUGGAUCUCGGACUGGAUCUGGAUGUGGAUCUGGAUCUGGACAUGGGCCUAGCCAGCACGGCCAGCAGCAGCACGCCGGCGCCGUCCACAACUGGCAGGACACCGGGAAAUAGGAGCGUGGUGCGGGUCAGCGCCGAUGUGCCCAUCUGGGUGGUGCCGUGCUACUCGGCCAUCCUGCUGUGCGCCGUGGUCGGGAACCUGUUGGUGGUGCUGACCCUCGUCCAGAAUCGUCGCAUGCGCACCAUCACCAACGUUUUCCUGCUCAACCUGGCCAUCUCGGACAUCCUGCUCGGCGUAUUCUGCAUGCCCGUCACCCUGGUGGGCACCCUGCUGCGCCACUUCAUCUUCGGCGAGGUGCUCUGCAAGCUCAUCCAGUUCGCUCAGGCUGCCUCGGUGGCCGUUUCCUCCUGGACACUGGUGGCCAUCUCCUGCGAGCGCUACUACGCCAUCUGCCAUCCGCUGAGGUCGCGCACCUGGCAGACGAUAAACCACGCCAACAAGAUCAUCGCCAUCAUCUGGCUGGGCAGCCUGGUGUGCAUGACGCCCAUCGCCGCCUUCAGCCAACUGAUGCCCACCAGUCGACCAGGACUGCGCAAGUGCCGGGAGCAGUGGCCGGCGGACAGCCUCAACUACGAGCGGGCCUACAACCUGUUCCUGGACCUGGCCCUGCUGGUGCUCCCGCUCCUGGCCCUCAGCUUCACCUACCUGUUCAUCACCCGCACCUUGUACGUGAGCAUGCGCAACGAGCGGGCCAUGAACUUUGGCAGCAGUGGCCCGGAGGUCACCGCCUCCUCCACCGCUGUCGCAGCACCUGGCGGCCAACGACGUCCCAACGGAAGCCACUGUCAGUCCCUCGACACGAUUGUGCCCCACCAGCACAAUCCCCACCAGCAGCACCACCACCACACCCAGUACUACUAUGGGGAUUACGGCCACUGUGGCAGCAAGCGGCGAUUGAUUGGAGGAGGUGCCUGCGAGGGAAGGAGGCAUCUGUACUGCAUGCGGAGCGCCUCCGUGAAGUCGGUGCGCCAUCAGCAGAUGAAUGCCGGCGGUGGAGCAGUGACUCUAGCCGGGAGUGGACCUGGAAACGGCGAAUGCUGCAGCCGGAUGCACCGGAUGCGCCACCAGAUGCAGCUGCAGCAGCAGGGCUACGUGAGCGACAAUGAGUCCCGGCGCAAGUCCUUGUCGCAGCCCAGUCUGCGGAUCACAGAGGCGGGACUGCGGAGGUCCAACGAAACCAAGAGUCUGGAGAGCAAGAAGCGGGUGGUCAAGAUGCUGUUCGUCCUGGUGCUGGAGUUCUUCAUCUGCUGGACGCCGCUGUACGUGAUCAACACGAUGACCAUGCUGCUGGGGCCGACGGUGUACGAGUACGUGGGCUACACGGCCAUCAGUUUCCUCCAGCUGCUGGCCUACUCCUCCAGCUGCUGCAACCCGAUCACCUACUGCUUCAUGAACGCCAGCUUCCGGCGCGCCUUCGUGGACACCUUCAAGGGGAUGCGGGUGUGCGAGCGCCUGUGCGCUCCCUGCUGCUUCUGGCGGCGGCGCUCCAAGAACGAGACGAACCUGUCCGUGGCCGGCAACUCCAUUGCGCUGGCCAACUCGGUCAUGUCCAGCCACACGAUCCUCGAGAGCCCGCGACUCUGAGCCAGCCGCCGCCGACCGCAGAUGGCCGAGUCGGAGUCACUUUAGGUUACCAAUGGGCACGGAUCGGGUGCGCCCACAUGUGAUGAUGCAAUGUAACUGCAAUAGAAACUGUGGUUGUCAGCGGCAUUCCGCCGCGUUCUAAAUGCGUGUGGAAGUGGCCGGAUAGGUGGACGGAGGUGGGUGCAUGGAGCAGGUUCCCUGGCAAUUCAUCUUACCGAUAAGUAUUUUAAUAUGUGUGUGCGAGUAUCUGCUUAGAGUUGCGCUAAAGCGCCUUUUUCAGUGUGAGUUAUUAGACUUUGACCUCUCGUUCUAUGUGUUUUUGCACCUAAGUGGGUGCAAUCAGUCUUGCCAAUCUAAAUUGAGAUCGCCACACGCUGCGGAGCAUGCAAAAAUGCUCAGCCGGAUUGAGAUUUAAACAGAAAACAGAACAGUAGCUUAGAAAGCAGCACAAUGGUUCAACGAAAUUGCUUCCCAGUGAAUGAGCCCCAUAAAAGAUAUUAAAUCGCUGGGAAAAGCUCUGUGCACUGGGAGCUACUUCAAACUGUGGCAAAUACUCAUUCGUGCCACACGGCGUAUGAGUGAUAUUUGCGCAGGCUAUGCGACCAUUGUGCUGCACUUAUAGUUUUAUCUCCACACUUACCUUACAGAGGUCAAUCCCGAAAGUAUAUGGUAUUCUGAUCACGAUGCAGUGAAAGGUUUCAACGAACCAAGAAGCAUUUGACAGCAGGCUGAUUUUACAGGGUACACAAGGAAGUCCACUCUCAAAGGAUUCCUAUCAUUCAAAAAUGGUUGUCACACGGAGCUUAUGGAGCGACAGACACUCCAAGGUCCAAAACUAAAUUAGGGCGCCCGAUUGGGUGCCAAAAUCCAAUUUUAAGUAGAGGAAAGUAGCUGGAAAUGCCAAUCGGACAUAUUUGGGCGGUAUUUGCACAGUGGACUUUUGGCAAACGAAAUAAAUGGCAUAGUAUACAAACAAACG